GUUCACCUCGCUACUAACGUCCUUGAGAUAUAAGCGUUAAUGACUCAAUCGCUUCCUUCAAUAGUCCACUCCCGGAAUGGCAUCUAUCUGCCCCUCUCUGAUCCGAAUGAGAUUCGCUUGUUGUUCCUCCAGCCUCGGACCAGUGGUGAGGCUGUGACAUGCAAGAUCAAACAUGUAAACCGGUCUCGCAAACCUCAUUAUGAGGCUCUAUCCUAUAUGUGGGGAUCUGACGAUAUCAUGAAUAUAGUGAUCAAUGGCCGAGAUGCUGCAGUGCGGCAAAACCUAUGGCAAGCAUUAUACCAUCUUCGGUACGACAAUGCACCUAGAAUACUGUGGGUUGAUGCUAUAUCUAUCAACCAGCAAGACGUGCAGGAGAGGAAUCAUUAAGUAAUGAUGAUGGGGGAAAUUUACGCUGGAGCUUCACGGGUAGUAGUCUGGUUAGAAGAAUCAAGCCCACCAAUGGUACGGACGAUGGAGUUUCUGGCUCAAAUCUGCCCAGGAGACCGAAUCACACGGUAUCAAGCUGAUUUCCACCUUGGCCGUCUUCAGCAUGUGUCAAAAGAAGGAACGGUAUCGACUGUGGACACUGCCGAAAUAAGCUACCCCUUUCUUCAUGAGUACUGGAAUCGCUUAUGGAUCAUUCAAGAAGUUCUUUUAGGUUCUGAGGUUUUGGUAUGCUCCGGUAAACAGUCAGUUCCAAUAGGCGCUCUGCAGGAAUUCUUUCAGAUUACUAUGAAGAUACCAGAACGAUUCUUGAAAGGUUUCGACCCUACAAGGAAUUUGUUACUAUCCGAGAUCGCGAAAUCGUCCCUGGCUCUACUGUUGUCUCGACGAAACGAUUCAAUCAACUCACCAAGCGAUAUUGCAGAGCUUCCGCUCCUCUAUCUAGUUUCAGAUCAUGCUGAUGCUAAAUGCCUGGACAAGCGAGAUCGAAUUUUCGGGUUGUCUUCUCUGGCAAUUUCUUGCUGUGUCGAAGCAGUUCCUGUUGACUACUCUCGGUCAUAUUCCGAAAUCUGCGACAUGGUUCUUGCCCACCAUUGCACUUCCCACAUCAACGAGAGUGAUGGAGCGAUCCGGGACUUCAGGCACUUCCACCAUGCUUUACGAAUCAAUUCAGAGAAAUAUGAAAAGCUGCAGGAACCCAAAAGUAGACUCUACGACGCCAAGACAUGGACGAAAGAUCUGGUCGAGGAUUGCUCGUUGGAAAUCCGAGCUAAUAUCCAAAGCCGAAUAAUUUGGUUGAGUCCCAUACUCACAGACCCAAUUCCAAUAGAGAAUUUCAUUUUCCCCCAAGUUCCAGAAUUCAAUCAAAUGGUCGUCAAAUCGUUACACCAGACCAUCUACUCAAAUCUUGAUGGUAAAGUGCCAAUUGCCACGCAGUUUGAUCUAGUCCGGCCUCUGCAUACUCAUGAUUACUACCAGAUCAUAUCACGCGGACACAUCCUGACAUCGCUUUCGAGCGUCACUAGUAUGACCUGGGGAGCUAUUAUGGAUCAUGCCAAUACAUACUCAGAUUCAACAGACGCGCUUCAUUACAAGGAUCGACUCGUAGCAGCACUUGCUGUAUACGGAGUCGAGCUCUCUACCACAAGAUGGAGCACAGUAUUUACAUCAAGAGGUGUGAAAAAGCCUCGCAGGGAGCGCAACAGCCGGUCUGGGUCAAGUCUCAAGUCAACAGUGGUGCCAAUAGGAUCAGAUGAACUCACGGAUAUAGCUUUUCAAGUCUUGAGUGCUAUAAGAGAAGCGAUUCCUAUUAGUCGAAGACCACUGCUCAGAAUAGCCAUUGACGAGAUGGGAGCCAUGUAUUUGAUGCCUUGCCACGCGGAGUUACAAGACCUGAUCUGCCAGUUCCCCCACGCAGACAUUACUCUACUAGCCCGACAAAGCUCCGCCCUAGAGCUAUGCUCCAUUGAAGGCCAAGGACAAGAGCUUCUUUUGACUCAUGAUAAAAACUUCGUCAAGUCAACCGACUCCUCUUUCCUCCAACCCAAGAUCGGUUUGUUUUACAGCCAUCGGCGCAUCACACAUGAAGUCAAGAUUCGGCUUCCAUUAUGGCUUCUGAAAACCAUCAGCGUGGAAUCUGCCACCACAGAUGUGCCAGAGUGGUGCCCCAGUCGUUCCAUACAACUUUAUCAGAUUUCGGCUGUAUGGGGAAUUCAUCUCUGUGAUUAUCUACCUGGGAACUGUUCCUGCAUGACCAUCACUCGAAUCGUGUCUGGAGCGGAUCCUAUAACGCAAGUACAAAGGCCGCUCAAUAGUCAUAAGAAGGCUUUUUGCAAUAAGGGCGUUACCAAGAUCCUCCAGCCAGCACUAAACCAUCUCUGGUUAGCUCCCGUCAUCUCCAUCUGA